AUGGCCUCUCCGGCUGUUAAGAAGGCAAUCUCCGAGGCGGCGCUGCAGUAUACAAAGCCCCAAGGAAAGGUCUUUGAGUAUGGUACUGCAGGGUUUCGCAUGAAGGCAGACCUUUUGAACACCGUCGUAUUUGCUGUUGGUUUGCUUGCCAGCUUGCGCUCCAAGAAGCUUAGCGGCCAAUGGAUCGGUGUUAUGGUGACCGCGAGUCACAACCCCGCGGAGGAUAAUGGUGUGAAGCUGGUUGAUCCUAUGGGCGAGAUGCUUGAAGCCGAGUGGGAGGCAUAUGCAACAAAACUGGCCAAUGCGCCACUGGAGUCCAUUGCCGAUGUCUACGACGAACUUGUGAAGGAAAUCGAUGUGAAGAUGACCAACCCGGCCCGUGUGGUGUUUGCCCGUGAUACUCGUGCCUCUGGUUCUCGCCUCGUGGGUGUUCUCAAUGCCGCCUUGACCGCGACUGAGACCGACUUCAUCGACUUCAAGUAUAUGACCACUCCUCAGCUUCACUAUGUUGUGCGCUGCAAGAACACACUCGGAACACCAUAUCAGUAUGGAGAGCCAUCUGAGCAAGGUUACUACGAAAAGCUUGCCCAAUCCUUUAAGAAGGUCAUGCGAGGUGUUAAGGUUCAGGGAUCCUUGACAGUUGAUUGUGCCAACGGUGUUGGAGGCCCUAAGUUAUGGGAACUCAUUAAGUACUUGGAUUCAGCUGUGGAUAUCAAGGUCAUCAAUGAUGAUGUGAUCAACCCUGAUAGCUUGAACUACGAGUGUGGUGCCGACUAUGUCAAGACAAAGCAACGUGCCCCGCCAUCUUCUAAGGCUGGUGCUCUCGAUAGAUGCGCGUCAUUGGAUGGUGACGCUGACCGUCUUGUUUACUAUUUUGUUGAUGAGAGCAACGUUUUCCGCCUGCUGGAUGGUGACCGCAUCGCCACUUUGGCCGCCUCAUUCAUUGGCGACCUUGCCCGAAAUGCUGGAAUCGCCCAGAAGUUGAAGAUUGGUGUCGUUCAGACUGCCUAUGCCAAUGGUGCCUCCACCGACUACAUAGAAAAGGUCUUGAAGCUCCCCAUCAUUUGCACCAACACCGGUGUUAAGCACCUCCACCACGCCGCCCUCCGCUUCGACGUCGGUGUCUACUUUGAGGCCAAUGGCCACGGCACUGUCACCUUCUCCGAGAACGCUAUGAAGGUCAUCAGGAACGCCGAGCCGCAAUCGCCGGCCCAGCAGCACGCUCUCGAGUCCCUGCGGGCUCUGACCGAUCUGAUCAACCAAGCCGUCGGUGAUGCUCUUUCCGAUAUGCUGCUUGUCGAGGCCAUCCUUGCACACAAGGGCUGGAGCCCCAAGGAGUGGCUGGGAACCUACACCGAUCUGCCCUCUCGUCUUGUGCGUGUUGUGGUCAAAGAUCGUUCGAUCUUCAAGGCCUACGAUGCUGAGCGCAAACUGGAGUCUCCUGCUGGUCUCCAAGAAAAGGUCGAGUCCCUGCAGUCCCGUUACAACAAGGGCCGCAGCUUUGCCCGUGCUAGUGGUACUGAAGAUGCUGUCCGUGUCUACGCCGAGGCUGCCAGCCGGUCUGAGGCUGAUGACCUCGCUACUCGAGUUGCCAACGCAGUCAGCGAGGCUCGUAGUGCUGAUGGUCAGCAGUAA